CGUACCCUGCGGUGAACCGGUUGCGCGCACGCUUCACUCCGCACACUUGCCACACGUCAUCUACGGCAUCACAGAGUAGUUUGCGAUUUAGAGUGCUCUCGCAUAAUGAUAAACAGCACUUUUAAUCAGCGUGAUAACGUGGGCUUGGAUCGAGGAGAGAUGAGCAUCGACGAAUCCCUCAUCGAGAAGGAAACUCCACCUGACUACGUGACCCAACGGAAGAUGAAGCCGAAAUCUGUGGCUGGUUACGACGAGUCCCUCAUUGAAAAAGAAUCACCACUUGACUGUGGGGCUAAUAAGUUAAACCCGUGGUUGGCUUUUGCUCAUGACAUUCGUCAGGAUAUGCAGUUGUUUCAGAGCAAGAUUAUUGAGACCAUGGAGGGCUGGUUUACCAAGUACGAGGAAAAGUUUUCGAAAUUUUGUUGUGACCUUGAUGAUGUCAAAAAAUCUAUGCAGCACAUGAGUGAUCAAUACGACAUACUACAUAAAAAAUCCGAAGAAGCACUGCAACGUGUUAACGCCUUAGAAGGGAAAAUAAAACCUCAAGAUCUUCGUAUUUCACAAUUGGAAUCAAAAAUUGACCAAAUGGAGCAACACAGUCGUAUGUGCAAUGUUGAGAUCAGCAACAUGCCUGAAAAGCGAGGCGAGAACCUAAUGACAGUAUUGGAGAAAAUUGGCACGCUUUUGAAAAAUCCAAUAUCGGCACAAGAUAUAGUGGCUGUACAUCGUGUCCCCCGAGCAGACCCUCGGGGUUCAAGGCCAAAAAAUAUAAUUGUGAAGUUUACAAACAGAGUGCUGCGUGACAACUUUAUAGCCGCCGCACGACUAGCAAAAGGCAUCAAAACUGAUCAAAUAAAUGUAAAUGGACCAGUACAAAACAUCUACAUAAAUGAACAUCUGACGCUGAAAAAUAAGGAAUUGUUUCGUGAGGCACGAGAAGCGGGGAAAAGGUGUGGUUACAGGUUUAUGUGGAUUAAACAUGGAAAUAUACUCGUCCGUGCGAACGACACAUCGCCGGUUGUCGCUAUUCGGAACAGGGAUGAUCUGUCCAGGAUUAAGCCACAGCAUAAUGGCUAGUUUCUUCAUUUUGCUGCUCAUUGGUGUUGUAAUUCAGUGUCUAGUGCUCAAGGAACAAACCUACCUAUAUAAUAUUAUCGCGUUGUGCUGCGCUGUCUGUGUCUUGCAUUGCUCUGUGCAAACUUGUUUACGAUCUUGUGAAUCUAUAGUGUUUUGUGCCUGCUCAAAUUGUACUCGCAUUGCAUCGAAUUUGCAGGCCUGGAUGUUUAUUAUGUAUUAUUGCUUUCACGGCUAUGAUUGUGUACCAAAAUCUACCUAUACUUAUUAUCAAUUGGCAGUGUUUGAGGGUGUAUCUUGUAUGAUAAUCAGCAAUUGUAGUUGUUACCUAUACGGCAAUCACCGGUUAAAUAUUCGGCUGAGAUCGUUAUUGGAUGGUAAUAGAAUACGUGUAAUACUUUUAAUUGCCCCAAAUACAAAGGUAAGUUAUAUUAAUCCAUAUUAUGGCUUAAAAUUGAUAGUGUUAUUCAGUGAAUCUGUUGUCGUUUGCUCCACGAACAGUCAUGAUUUAUUUUUU